GAGCCGCACACUUUAACCUCUCUUCUCUUGAUAGACGAUCAUCACCACAUCCACAACAAGCGCCGGGAAAAGAAAAGAUGGCGUCGAGAGAGCAAGUAAAGGCGUCGCACAUUCUGAUAAAGCACCAAGGAUCUCGUAGGAAGGCGUCGUGGAAGGAUCCCGAAGGAAAGAUCAUAAUGACUACCACGAGAGAAGCAGCCGUCGAACAGCUCAAAUCGAUCCGCGAAGACAUUCUCUCUGGCAAAGCUAACUUCGAGGAUGUUGCCACUCGCGUUUCCGACUGUAGCUCCGCCAAACGCGGCGGCGAUCUAGGUCCGUUUGGGAGAGGUCAAAUGCAGAAACCGUUUGAGGAGGCAACAUACGCACUCAAGGUUGGUGAUAUAAGCGAGAUUGUGGAUACAGACAGUGGAGUCCAUAUCAUUAAGAGAACUGCUUGAUCUCCUCCAAUGUAUCAAAAGUUGCCUGUUUUUUUUUUCCAUUGUCUUCUUGACCAAAGAUGAAGAUAGAAGAAUAAUAAGAAAAAGCUUUUGCUAUUGUGGUUUUAAUUCUGCAUGAUUUUUGAUACAAGCAAAAACAUAUAAUAAAACAAGAUAUUGUAUCUCUCAAUUUCUUCUUUAUAGCUUCAGAAUAACACAUCCCUGUUGCUGACU